CAAAUUGUUUGAAGUUUUAUAUAUAUAAUGUAUGUAUAUAUAAGCCUUAUAAAAUUUCUGAAUGCAUCCUAUUCCUAUCCCUAAACAUACGGCAAAUAAACAUAAAAGCGAAAUGGCUGCUGCCAGUGAUAAAUUAGAAGAUUGCGAAGUAUGCGGCGCGACGAAAGCUAAAUACACGUGUCCGAAAUGCGAGGUUAGAACAUGCUCCCUCGUGUGUGUAAACCUACAUAAGAAGGAAUUAGAUUGUAAUGGAAUCCGAGACAAAACAAAGUUUAUUCCUAUAGCGUCGUUUGCCGAUUUGGAUUUGCUAAGCGAUUAUCGUUUUCUUGAGGAAGUUGGCAGAUUAGUUGAUACAAAAAAACGAAAUCCAGAAAAGAAAUAUAUACGUCAAUUUAUUCUACCAAUGCACUUACAUAAACUGAGAUGCGCUGCAUCUUACAGAAAAACAUCGUUGUUAUUUAUGCCAAAAAUCUUUAGUCGACACAAAGAGAAUACCACGUUUCUUAAUUGGAAGACCAAUGAAUUAUUCUGGCGAAUAGAAUGGAUUUUCCCACAAGCUCAAAAUGUAAAAUGGGUUGUGGAAAGAACAUCAGACAAUGCAAGAUUAUCGACACUUGUAGAACAGGUUUUAGAUCCAAUCUCUUCAGAAAACGAGACUGAUAUUGAAAAAUUAAAUGUAAAAUUGGCUUUAGCUGAUAAAUUACAAUUUUAUCGAGCAGCUGGACUAACUAGUAUCAAAGUUCUCUUAAAAGCUGAGAAAGUAAAGAAAGCAAACUUUAAAUUCUACGAUUUAGAUUUAACACUUACACUGAAAGAAAAUUUGGAAAAUAAGACUAUAGUGGAAUUUCCGACAUUGUAUGUCAUUAUGAAAGAUCAUUCUGAUAUGUAUGAAAUUGUAGAUACUGAUGAGGAAACAAGUGAUACAGAAUGUAAAAGUCUGGGAGUAAGAAAACGAAGAAAAAAUGAAUUUAUUAAAAAAGAAAAUGAGCCAAUAAAUUACUUCUUCAAUGAUUUUUCGGGAUCUGAUGAUGAAAAAUUAGAUAACAAACAACAAAAAAAGGAACAUUCACCUGAAUUGGAUAUACCUAAUUACGAAGAAUUAUAAAAGUUGUGAAUUCAUAUACGUAGAAUAUAAGAAAUAUUGAUUUAUAUAUGAUCUUUAUUGUAAAUAUAUCUUUCACCAUUAUAGUUAUGAUAUAAUUAAAACACAUAUAAACAUAAUGACGUGAAUGAUCG